GAAAAGCAAGAGCGCUUGCGCUCAGAGGUAAGGAGUGUACUGCCAGAAAAGCUUGGCGAUUUCACACCAAAUGUAUUGGACAAUAUUCCGUAUCUGCGUGCAUGCAUUAAAGAAUCACUGCGCAUUUACCCAGUAUCUGUCGGGAAUAUGCGUGUACCGCAAAACGAUCUCAUUUUAAGCGGCUAUCGUGUACCUAAAGGCACUUGGGUGAGCAUGAUUUCAUCAACUCUACAAUCGGAUGAACGGUUUUUUCUGCGCCCCUUGGAAUAUUUACCGGAACGUUGGUUGCGAACGGACGAAACUAUCAGCGAGGAGGGUGUGCGAUCAUUAAAGCCAAGCAACCCGUUUGUUUAUCUACCAUUCGGUUUUGGACCGCGCAUUUGCCUAGGACGUAGAAUAAUAGACUUGGAAGUAGGGCUGGCAAUGGCAAGAUUAGUUAGGAAUUUCAAAAUAGAAUUUAAUUAUCCCACCGACAAGCCAUUCAAGGGUAUGCUAAUCAAUAUGCCAAAUAUACCCUUAAAAUUUAAAUUAACUGACAUUGAGUAAAAAGAAGCAGAGAAUAUUAUACUGAUUUUUUGUUGUUUUUUUUUCGUAUCAUCUAUUAAAAAAAAAAAAACGCAAUAAAGAUUCACAAAAUACGCCAAAGGCAUUGUUUUCACAAAAUUAAAUGAAAUAUGUAUGUAUGUAAAAAAAAUUGCAAAUAUACAUACAUAUAUGUAUAAGC